AAAAUCCCCGAGAAAGUGGUAGCUAUAAACUCUCAAACCUCCAAAACCACCGCGCCACCGCCCAAUCUCCCUGCUCCGACCGCCGAAGAUGAGGCCCCUAGACGAGAAAGAGACCACCGCCGUGUUCGAAAAGCUCCACAAAUUCACUGGAAACAACCUCAAGAACAUCGUCGAGAAUCCCGCUCACGAAGGCCCCGAACAAAAUCCCGGCCGCUACUGCUUCCGCCUCCACAAAAACAAGGUUUAUUACGUCAGCGAUUCUCUCGUCAAGCGAGCCACCAACGUAGCCCGUAACAAUCUCGUGGCUCUCGGCACAUGCAUUGGCAAGUUCACUCAUGGCGGCAGUUUUCAUCUCACCGUUCACGCGCUAGGUCUCUUGUCUGCCAAUGCCAGACACAAGGUUUGGCUUAAACCUACCUCUGAGAUGUCUUUUUUGUAUGGGAACCAUGUUUUGAAAGGAGGCUUAGGGCGGAUUACUGAAAAUAUUGCUCCUGGUGAUGGAGUCGUUGUGUAUUCUAUGUCGGACGUGCCUUUGGGAUUCGGAAUUGCGGCGAAGUCCACUCAGGAUUGUAGGAAGUUGGACCCUAAUGGGAUUGUGGUUCUUCAUCAGUCGGAUAUUGGAGAGUAUUUGAGGAUGGAGGAUGAGCUUUGAAUCAACAAUGAAGACGAGUUGACUCGUUUUGGGUAAUAUAUUACUCGAGCAUUUCUUGUGAAGUUCGUGGAUUGAGAGGAUUUUGAGCCCAAAUUGGUGUACUGCCUUAGGUAUGAUGUCAAAUUUGUAAGUUCUGCACACCUUGGUGUUAAGUUUUGCCGCUUUAAGAGUGUUAAAUUUAUGAGAACAAUGAAACUAUUGCCCAAUUGCGGGCUAUCUAAUGUCAUAGAGAUCAGAUAGUGCCUAUUGCUUUGCUGCAUACAAAUUAUUUCUUCUUGUUAUGAUCGUAUUAAUGAUUUUCUUUUA